GAGAGAGGGGACAGGAGGGAGAUCAUGUGAGACAGAGGGAAGUAGUUUGACACCACCACCACUAUUGUCACUUGUCAUCCUCCCCUUUCAGAAGCAGUAUUCUUACCCACUCUGCUCAGCCAAAGUUCUAGAAUCUAGACAAAAGUAGUAGAUCAACGUUAGCUCUAACACUUUGGGGGUCCACAGAUCUAUGAUAACCUGCAAGUAUGUUCACAUUUGGCUAAAUUAGUUGUUUUGCCACUAGGCUAAAUGACAGGGCAUAUCCCAGAACAUAUAUUUGUGCAUUCUGCUGUGUUGAGACAACGUUAACAGUCCCCUGACAAAUUGUGACAAAAUGCAUCACACUAUUAUUCCAGUGUGUAACGGCCUAACGGGAAGCGCUACACUGAACGGUUUGUUGAGAAUUAUGAACGUUAUUUACGGGCCACCACAGCGAAGCAUAGCUCGUUAAGUGACCUCACGAGAGGAGCGCGAGGUAGAUGAGCCGUUGGAAUGUGCAUGAUGUCAAAAAGAAGCAGAUUUUCCGUGUUCCCAAAUAAGAGCCCUCACCGGGAACGUUAUGGAGCCGUGAUACCAGUUGAGUCAUGGUGUUGCCAUGCUCGCUAAGUGUUUCUAUCAUUUUAGAGGUCAUGCCCACUGGAGCGAAGAGGAGCUGAUCUCCGGAUUGUCAAGGCGGUGCCAAGACACAGACUUUUUCCCCUUGCCCCACCAAACCCAACCCUGUGACACCCCACAUGCCCCUCCCCCGUGCCCCACACCCCUGCCUCGACCCUGGUCGGUCCUCAUGAUGGAGCUAACUAACCCCACCUCCACCCUGUAUGCUGAGGUCGUAAAGAUGUUGGGGUAUAAAUGGAGGUGCGAGGUGGAGGAGAGGAAUCAGAAAACUCUUGAGAACUAGAUCUAGAACUAUAAAACGAGAACUAGAACGUUAAGAAUAUGGUGAUGAUGGACUCCAUUGUUGGGAGAAACUGGCCACUGACCUUCCUGGCUGGGACUCUGCUCUGGACAACCUGCCUUGGAGCUGCUAUGCAGUGCCACUUCAACUCCAAAGCCAUGUGUGUGUAUGAGGGGAGACACUACUCUCUGGGGGAGUCCUGGAUGGAGGAUGGCUGUCUGCAGUGUACCUGUCUGCACCCUGUCGGCGUCGGUUGCUGCGAGACGGUGCAUCACCCGGUGGACUUCCCAGCGUGGUGUGAGGUUCGGGUGGACACUCUGACCUGUAAGAUGACCCUCGUUCAGAGCGCUGACCCCCGCCUGCCCUGCGGACCCGGGGAUGGACACAACCUGGACCCCAGCCACGGCUCACUGGACAACUACUUGCAGCUAGCGGAGUAGACAGGGACGGAAUCACGGUGGACAGUGGAGGCUGGUGGAGGGAGAAAUCGAAGAACGGGCUCAUUUAAUUCCAGCCAUUAAAAUGAGCCUGUUCUCUGAUUUAAAGUGGGACCAGCCUCCACUGAAGUCGGAUGAUCAACUCCCUGCACCACCGACCACCCCAGUCUGUCUGUCUACUCCAAACACUACAUUCUCACGUGUUGCAGACCAGUAAUCCGUUAACAUUUAAACCGCAUGAAUAUUACAAUAUACUGUACCAUAAGCAGAACAUUAUACUCAGUUGGAAUGCAGAGGUGAGCCCACAUAAUGUAAUCCCACAUGUAUGGCACAUUGUUUUGCACUACUGUAAAUAUCAGCUCUUAUAGUAAUAUAUAACAAUUCUUGUUGUAUUUGUUCUGUAUUGCAGUUAUUCAG